CCACUAUCUUUUUGUUCCAAAAAUUUUGAUCUGUUAAUCCACCCCAUGGCAUUUCCGUAACAUCUCCCAAACUCCCCCGUCAAAAACUACAAGAUCUCUCUCUGCACCCUGCACGGAUACAGAGUUAUAAACUGACACCACCCUCCCUCGACUUCCAAAGCCUCUACUUGGUGACAACCCGCACCCCCUCUCAAACCCUCCCUCCUUUCUGAUGACAGAGACGAGGAGCAGCACCACCGGCGGCGCGACCCAGGUCACCGGGCGACGAGGCCGAGGCGACGGCGGCGAAGGCGAAAGGGACGAUGGCUAGGGUUCCGACGAGGGAUUCCCUCAUGGCCGCCGUCCGCCUCUGGGCGAGACUGAGAGCCGGCACCGGUUCUCCUCUGUGUAGAAAAUAUUGCACCUCUCGCCACCAGGACUACUACACCGAGGCGGCCGCGGCCGAGGUGGUGGUGGCGAGGGAGUUGCGGCAGCUGCCGGGUGGUGGCGGCGCCGGGAGUGGUGGGGGCAGCGGUGGCUGGGAUUUCGUGGGUGCGAAGGAGUAUCUGGACUAUAGGAGGGCCUUGUAUGGAGAGAUCACGCACAAGGCUCUCCUCGUCGACGCCGUCGGCACCCUCCUCGUCCCCUCUCAGCCCAUGGCUCAGAUUUACAGGAAGUUUGGAGAGAAAUAUGGCGUCCAGUAUUCAGAAGAUGAGAUAUUGAGUCGGUAUCGCUGGGCCUAUGAGCAGCCCUGGGGCAGAUCUCGUUUGAGGUAUGUGGCUGAUGGGAGGCCCUUUUGGCAAUUCAUAGUUAGUUCUUCUACAGGGUGUUCAGAUUUACAAUACUUUGAAGAGCUAUAUCAAUACUAUACAACUGAAAAGGCUUGGCAUCUCUGUGAUCCUGAUGCAGAAGAAGUUUUUCAAGCUUUGAGAAAGGCUGGAGUGAAAACAGCUGUAGUCUCAAAUUUUGACACCCGCUUACGACCUCUGUUGCAAGCCCUAAAGUGUGGUCACUGGUUUGAUGCAAUUGCAGUGUCAGCCGAGGUAGCAGCUGAAAAACCCAACCCAACAAUAUUUUUGAAGGCCUGUGAGUUUUUGGGAGUAAAACCUGAGGAAGCAGUGCAUGUUGGUGAUGAUAGAAGGAAUGAUAUAUGGGGAGCUAGGGAUGCAGGUUGUGAUGCAUGGCUUUGGGGCAAUGAUGUCCAUUCUUUCAAGGAGGUUGCUCGAAGAAUUGGAAUCCGAGUUUGAGGAAUGCAGUCAUGCUCAUGCCACCAAAUAAUCAAUUGUUCAGAUCAUACGUACAGGAUUUCAUCUCUUCUCUGGAAUUAAGUUUCUGAUAAUAGCUGUAUUAUGUAAAUUUGUAGGAGAAAUAGUUAGGAAGAAGGGAGAUGUAUCAGAACAAUGGGAUGUUCAUGGAUUUUCAGUUCUUUGGAGAUGUAUAAGAACAAUGGGAUCUUCAUGAGUUUUAGUUUCUUAUCUUGGAAAUAACUAUGUGAACUUGGCUAUGCAUGAUUACCAUCUACUGCAAGAUUUUGCUGUUGGAAAUAUUCUGUAACAUGAACAAGGAGAGUGGGUUUCAGGAAUUUUGCAAUAUAUUUAUCUAUAAAGAACCAGGAAUUUUUCA